AUGUCCAAAUUAUCUUUACAAAAUGCCAUAUUAACAUACGAACAAUUAGAAACUACACCUUCAAAAAAAGAUAAUAUACCUGAAGAAUUAGAAGAUGAGCUUCGUAGAUUAGGAUGCGAUUUUAUUCAAUCUGCUGGAAUAUUAUUACGAUUACCGCAGGUAGCUAUGGCUACUGCACAAGUACUUUUUCAACGAUUUUUUUAUGUUGCAUCAUUAAAAAAAUUCUCUGUUAGGGAUAUAGGUAUGGGAGCUUUAUUCCUCGCUUCAAAAGUUUCAGAAGCACCAUGCAAAAUUCGCGAUUUAAUUAAUGUUUAUCAUUAUUUGAUAAGAAGUUAUUGUGGCAAGCCAAUGGAACCUUUGGAAUAUUUAGGACAAGAUGCAUUGGUAAUAGCUGAAAUGCAAAUACUAAAAAAAUUGGGAUUUAAUGUACAUGUACAAUUGCCAUAUGGAUUAAUGGUUAAUUAUUUAAAAGUAUUAGAGUUAACUGAUCAUGAGACUAUUCCUCAAAAAGCGUGGGGGUACCUUAAUGAUUCGUUAAGGACUAAUGUGUACGUAUGUUAUCAACCUGCCACGGUUGCUUGUGCUGUUAUAUGGUUAGCUGCAAGAAUCUCUCAAGUAAAGUUGCCAACUUCACCUCCAUGGUGGGAAUUAUUUGAAGCUGAAUUAGAAGAUAUCCUUUUUGAAUAA